AUGGAAGCAAGUGGGCACAGCCAAGUAGCUGGAAUUCAUGACUUGGGUGCUGCAGUUUUUGCCCGCACAGCAGCAAGGAACCCGUUCGGAGGCCAGCGGCUCUUUGCUUCUGCAAGCACGCUUGUGAACCUGAUGGAGGGGCUGUGCGCCACACUGGUUCAAUAUCAGAUGUUUUUUCAAAUGAUCCUUGUGCUGGGAAUUGGUGGGAGCCUGCCCGUUGGCUAUCAGAUAUCGGCCAUCAACAGCCCCUCUGUGUAUAUUAAGAAGUUUAUGAAUGAAACCUGGUUUGAGCGAACUGGAUCCUCCCUCCACGAAAAGACCCUCCUGUUCCUGUGGUCAGUCAUUGUGUCCAUCUAUGGAGUAGGAGGUUUCAUGGGCUGUGUCUUCAGUGGCUUCCUGACCGUGAAAUUUGGAAAAAAGAAGAGCCUCCUGGGCACAGACCUGCUCAUCCUAGUAACAGCCCUUCUUGUGGGGCUCAGCAAGAGAGCCAAGUCCUUUGAGAUGAUUCUGAUCGGUCGAUUCCUCUUUGGAGUGAGUGCAGGGUUCUGCAUGACCAUUCAUCCUCAGUAUGCUGGUGAAAUUUCCACCAAGAAGCUACGAGGAUUUGCUAAUGCCACAUCAGGAUUCUUUUGGUCCCUGGGAAAAUCCUUGGGCCAAAUUCUAGGGCUCAGGGAGCUUCUGGGAACAGAAUCCUCCUGGCCGUGGCUCCUGGCCUCUAUCGGUGCGAUAGCCCUGCUCCAUUUGCUGGCCCUGCCGUUCUUCCCUGAGUCUCCACCAUACCUCUUAAUCCAGAAAGGGGAUGAAGGAGGCUGCUUGAAGGCCAUGCACCAGCUCUGGGGCCCAGGGGACCAUCAGGAGGAACUCAGUGAUCUGAAGAAGGAGAGGGACACAGGGUGCAACACACUAAGUGCAGGAGAGCUGCUCAGAAAUGGAGGCCUGCGCCGACAGCUGCAUAUUCUUGUUGCUAUCAUCCUCACCCUGCAGCUCUCUGGUAUCAAUGCAGUCUAUUUCUAUGCAUUUGAAGUGUUCCGCAAUGCUGGUUUAGAAGAGGACCUCAUUCCUUACAUGGCACUGGGCAUUGGAUUCUGUGAGCUUGCCUCUUCUUUGCUCUGUAUUUUUGCCAUUGAAAGGUUUGGCCGGAGGCCCCUCCUGUGGAAAGGCUGUGGCAUGAUGGCCGCCAUGCUGCUCCUCCUCACUGUGACUCUGUCUGUGCAGAAUACAUUUCACUGGAUGUCUCAUUGCAGUAUCAUCAUGGUCUUUUUGUUUGUUGUCUUCUUUGGCAUUGGACCAAGUGGAGCCACAAUGUCUGUCAUGAUGGAAAUUUUCAGCCAGUCCUCCAGACCAGCAGCUUUCAUGAUUGGUGGCUGCCUGAAUUGGGCAGGUCUCUUUGUCGUUGGAAUAACCUUUCCAUUUGCUGUGGAAAGUCUGGGCCCCUUUUGUUUCUUCAUCUUCAUGUUUGUCCUAGUAGGGACAUCAAUGUUCUUCUACAUGUUUCUUCCAGAGACUAAAGGAAAAUCUGUGAUAGAAAUCACAGAAGAAUUCAGCACACAGCCACCUUUUGGAAAGAAACUAGCUUCUCUUCUUAGGAGAGAUUUCCAUGAGGAUCAUUCUGUGUAUACAAACUUCUGA